GGCUGUUACAUAAUUCGUUACAGACACAAUGGACCGAGGAUUCCACGAAAUCGAAGUAGCAUAACAAACGACGUGAUAAGUGCUUUCUAACCUCGGUGACACAAUAUAUGGAUACAGUAACUGAUGAGUUAAUACAGGUAUGUUUGUGGUUGAAGAUUGUAUUCCUACAAACUGCGCGCGAACGCAUCGAUUUACACACCCAUCAAUCCGCGGUGUGCUCAGCGACUGUGCCCUCCUCGUCCGCAGGUUACUCUGGGGAUGUAGCUAUGUAUCAUGACCCAGCAGCUCUUUGGCUUGUCUGUUUCUUGUCAGAAGGUCUGAUGUCCAGACUCUGUGCUCUUCCAUGUAUGGUCCAGUGGAACUCUCCUUGACCAUUAGAUGGACUACCAACAGUUCCAGCAGUUACUGCGACCGCACCUCACAACUCCCUUACCUUGACCCUUGACCCCUUAGCUUUAAACCCUCACCCCUGACCCAUACUCUUAACCUCGAGCCCCUCACUCCUCCUAAUCCUUAACCUUACUCCCCCUCUCCCCUCUCUCCCUCCCUCCCUUCCUUCCUCUCAUCUCUUGUCCUCUCCUGUCCUGUCCUCUCCUCCCCUCUCCACCAUGUUAUCCCGUAUCACCACAGUCCUCUUAGCUGUUUUGUGUCAAUGUGUGCUGGUGUCUCUCGGGGUGGACCCCCCUCACCCCCGUCGGGAGAUCCGGAUCGAGGGUGACCUGGUUCUGGGGGGGCUGUUCCCAGUCCAUGAGAAGGGGGGAGGGAUAGAGGAGUGUGGGAGGGUGAACGAGGACAGGGGGAUCCAGAGGUUGGAGGCCAUGCUGUUUGCUAUAGACAGGAUCAACUCUGAUCCUACUCUACUGCCUGGAGUCAGUCUGGGAGUUCACAUACUGGACACCUGUUCUAGAGAUACAUACGCACUGGAACAGGCGCUGGAGUUUGUACGUGCAUCUCUGACCAAGGUGGACGAUACAGAGUUUAUCUGUCCUGAUGGAUCCUACGCACUACAGGACGACAGUCCACUGGCCAUCGCUGGAGUUAUAGGAGGAUCCUAUAGCAGCGUGUCUAUACAGGUGGCCAACCUGCUCCGCCUCUUCCAGAUCCCUCAGAUCAGCUAUGCCUCCACCAGUGCCAAGCUCAGUGACAAGACGCGCUAUGACUACUUUGCCCGCACGGUGCCCCCUGACUUCUACCAGGCCAAAGCCAUGGCAGAGAUCCUGCGGCUGUUCAACUGGACCUACGUGUCCACGGUGGCAUCAGAGGGAGACUACGGAGAGACGGGCAUAGAGGCUUUCGAACAGGAAGCACGUAUGAGGAACAUCUGCAUCGCUACCUCUGAGAAGGUGGGGCGCUCUAACGCUAAGAAGUCAUAUGAGGCAGUGAUCAGGCAACUCCUCCAGAAGCCCAAUGCCCGCGUGGCAGUUCUCUUCCUGAGGAGUGAUGACGCUCGAGAACUCCUCUCUGCCGCCGCACGACUCAACACCACCUUCAUCUGGGUGGCCAGUGAUGGCUGGGGGGCACAGGAAAGCAUUGUCAAGGGCAACGAGGCCACGGCCGACGGGGCCAUUACCCUGGAACUGGCGGCCAAUCCCGUGCCGGCUUUCAACCGCUACUUCCUGUCUCUGGAUCCAAUCAACAACCGCCGCAACCCCUGGUACCGGGAAUUCUGGGAGCAGAAGUUCCAGUGCUCACUUGGCGGCAGAGGAGGUGGGGCAGGAGGAGUAGGGUCAGGGGGGAUGGUGUCUCUCUCCCUCCCUCCCUGUGAGAAGGGUGUGUCGGUGGAUAAUAGUAACUUUGAGCCGGAGUCCAAGAUCAUGUUUGUGGUGAAUGCGGUAUACGCCAUGGCCCACGCCCUCCAUAAGAUGCAGAGAACAUUGUGUUCCAACACCACCAAGCUCUGUGACAGCAUGAAGGCUCUGGAUGGACGCAAGCUCUACAGAGACUACCUCCUCAACAUCAGCUUCACAGCUCCCUUCUCUCCUCUCGGCAGUGAGACUGUGGUGAAGUUUGAUCCCUAUGGCGACGGGAUGGGGCGUUACAACAUCUUCAGUUACCAGCGCAACGCUGAUCGCUAUGGCUACGUGCCCAUCGGCGAGUGGGCGGAGACUCUGAGCCUGAGCAGUGACCUGAUUCGCUGGCCAAGGGAGGUGGUGCCCCCAUCCCAGUGCAGUGACCCAUGUGCCCGCAAUGAGAUGAAGAAGAUGCAGGCUGGAGAGUACUGUUGUUGGAUCUGUACUGCAUGUGAGGCUCAUGAGUACCUAGCUGAUGAGUUCACCUGUUCGCCCUGCGCCCCCGGCCAGUGGCCCAGUGAAGACCUCACUUUCUGCUAUGACCUGCCCGAGGACUACAUCAUGUGGGAGGACGCCUGGGCCAUCGGACCCAUCAGCAUCGCCAUUGUCGGGUUCCUCUGUACAUCUCUGGUGUUCUGGGUGUUUGUGAGACACAACAACACGCCCCUGGUGAAGGCAUCAGGCAGAGAGUUGUGUUACAUCCUGCUGCUGGGUGUCUUCAUGUCCUACUCCCUCACCUUCCUCUUCCUGGCCAAGCCCUCUCCUACUAUCUGCGCCAUGCGACGCCUCGGCCUAAGCACCUCAUUCGCUGUCUGCUACUCAGCCCUGCUUACUAAGACCAAUCGGAUCGCCCGGAUCUUCAGCGGGGUAAAGGACGGGGGCGGGACCACAAGGCCUCGCUUCAUAAGCCCCACCUCUCAGGUGUUUAUCUGUCUCAGUCUGAUAUCGGUCCAGUUAGUGAUGGUGUCUGUGUGGUUGCUGCUGGAGGUUCCUGGUACCAGGAGGUUUACGUUACCGGAGCGACGGCAGACAGUGAUCCUGAAGUGUAACGUCCGUGACUCCAGCAUGCUGCUGUCACUAGUAUAUGACGUGCUCCUGGUCAUCCUGUGUACCGUGUACGCCUUCAAGACCAGGAAGUGUCCAGAGAACUUCAAUGAGGCUAAGUUCAUAGGAUUUACCAUGUACACAACCUGUAUCAUCUGGCUAGCCUUCCUGCCCAUAUUCUACGUCACAUCCAGUGACUACAGGGUCCAGACUACCACCAUGUGUAUCUCUGUCAGUCUCAGUGGUUUCGUGGUGUUGGGCUGUAUGUUCGCUCCCAAGGUCCACAUCAUCAUGUUUCAACCACAGAAGAACGUCACCAGUCUCCGCCUCAAUAUCAACCGCUUCAGUGUCAGUGGUCCUGCCACCACAUGCGCUUCACACGUGAGUGCCCAGUAUGUACCGACUGUGUGUAAUGGGAGAGAAAUUGUUGACUCCACCACUUCCUCUCUGUGACCCCACCCACUCACCUCUCUAUCCCCACCCCUCAGAGACUUAAGUCAAUAGGCACACAUUGUGCCCCCCUGUCCCUUCUCCCACCACGUGGACUACCACAGUACCAUUUCAUGUCUGUAGAAAGUGUGCAUUAUGAUUAAAUUAUUUUCUAGUGCUGUACAUAUCAUGGAAUCAACAUUGUUGUAGACAUACAAAAGUACAAGAGAAAAUUUGUAGGAGGAUUUUUUGACGCUUUGUUUUUGAUAGCUUUGUUAAAAGGUUGUGUUAAUUUAUUUAUAACUGUGUUAGGGUUGUGAUAGGAGUGUGUUGUGUAUGUGUGUUAGGGUUGUGAUAGGAGUGUGUUGUGUAUGUGUGUUAGGGUUGUGAU